UUGCUCAUGAGAAAACACAUUUUAAGGAACUUUAAUGCAACUUUGCUUUAGUCCUUUAAAACAAACUAUUCAGCAAGUAAAUGGCUGACCCUGAGCACUGCUUUGUUUUCACUCUGUGAGCAGUUUGGUAGCAGAAAAGACAUUCAAACUGUAGUAUUAAUCCUAUUAAAGAAUUCAAACGUGCCUGGGGGAGGUUGCACUUUGUUGAUUGCUCUUUUCUCUCCUGGGAGUUGUUCGAGAAGCCAUCAUGAAAUCAAAAUUCCUUUGCAAUAAGUUAUAAAUUCAUUCGAAAGGCCAGGCUGUUCUUUCCUUCUUGUUGGGUCUCUAGCACGACUUUAUAGGAAGGCUUUUGCUGAUGAUCGUGACAAUCCAUUUUUGUUGCGGGGAGGAGGGUGCUCUCUAAAAUAAAGUUAGAAUGAGCCGAAGGCAGAGUAUGGAGUUAAUAUGUGAGAUGUCCCUUUCUCAAUACGCUGAGAGGGAAAUGUUUGCGGGCCAGGUUCUCCAUGUAAAUCAGCACAGUUGCAUUGUGGACGUACAUUAGUUUCCACCAGCCGAGGAUCUGGUCCAGUAUAUUUAGAGCUUGGAGGUCGGCUACAGUAAAACACUAAAAUGAUGGCUGGUCUCUGGGGUUAUUUGCAGUCUGUAGGUAGAAUUCUGUUUGGAAUUUCUCAGAGGUGGGCCAAAUCCUGGAAAAACAGUAGGAAUUUCAUUCUCGUGAGUAGCCCCAUUGUGUUUGCAGGAUGGGACCUGAAAUGUGCAUAAUGGGCCUGAAUUACUGUCUGCAGCAAUUUAUCCGGCUGCCAGACAAGAAACAUGGUUCCACCAUCGAAAUGGGAAUAUUACAAAAGUGAAACUAGACCACAAGAAACUUGCAACAGUAAGAUGGAGAUUGCAUUCACCCCAAAGCCGGGAGGUGGGGUGAGGUCCAGCCCCAGGCAGGGGACCCUAACUGUACUCCCUUUUACCACACUGUUGUUAUAUGGCAUAUGAGAUGAGGGCCCAGUGCUCGGCAGCAGAAUAUGGCAAAUAGCACAAUGUAAUUCCAGGCAGAAAAUGACACGGUCAAAAGUGACCGUCACAUAUUUAAGCAGGGAGGACAUCAAAUGUUACACCCAGAAAUCUCAGCUGGGCCCAGAGCCUCACUGCACUAGGUGCUGAACAAACACAUAGCAAGAGACAGUACAAGCUAAAUAGACAAAGCAUGGGAGGGGGAAACUGAAGCAUAGAAGGGUGAAGUGACUAAGCAGCCCACUGGAGGAGCCCAGAUUAGAACUCAGAUUUCUGAAAGCCACUGGACCACACUGCCUGCAAGCUUAGGUAAGCGCCUUUAUGUGCAGACAUUACAAUGCAGCCUUUAACUGUGAACUCACUGUCUUAACUUUCCGUCCUGAAUAGCCCUAUUGACUCCCACGCCUUUAACACUGAGCUAGCUUUAAAAAAACAAGGAAUCAGGCAUCUUCCCAUGGUGCUUGUGAGCACAGCAGGAGCCCAGGGGUUCUGUUCAGAAUCGGCGCUUGUGUUGAGAUCUGCCUCGGCAGAAAGUUUUCUCCAUUGUCUAUUUCUUAUUUCAGGAUGGCCUGAAUGGUUUCACGUUGCCACUACUGCCCUGGCUGCCAACAUGGGCAUGCACAGGAAUACAAAUUUGGCCACUUUUGGAAGGGCACUUAGUGUGCCCCCCCAUGGUCGGAGGAGCUGGUUCUCCCACCCUGCCCCGCAGCCCCAGGACCAGAGGAGCUCGCUUUCCCCGCCCUGACCCUGGAGGAGUUCUGGGCCCCCGCUGACUAGGUGGGCGCGUGCCCCUGCUUGCCACCCUGCGCACGCAGAGCGCUUUGUUAAACAGGCUCUGGAUUCAUUUGUUGGGGGUUUCUGAAUGUCUCACCCGAAUCAGUGAAAACAGCGGGUGAACAUGAAAACCAGGUGUGCAGCCUGAGAGCUACCAGUGACACCAGCUUCUGCAAUGGGCGUUGAGCCACCUGGAAGAGCUGACAGACUUGGACCCACAAAGGGCCAAAAUGAUGAGUUUGGCCCUGACAAAUCAUGCAUUUUUUUUUUUAAAUAACAAGGGUUUUGUGGGAUGAGUGGGAGAUUUGGCUUCUGGUGUUGGAGCACGGGUGGUGGGGGCAUGUGUUCAGCUUUGCUCCACAACCAGGAGAGCUAGAAACUUUUUCUUGGCAAGGAAAGUGUCUCUCGUGAUCACCUGACUCCGGCAGCUGGGGCUUGAGACAACACCAAAUGCUGACCAUAUAACCACAUGGGGAGGAGAAAGCAAGUGGUGAGCUCCCAAAGGGAGGAACUAGGGGCUGCGGGCCCUGCCAGGGACAGGCCAGAGGGAGCAGGUGGGGGGCCGAUGCAGCAAGAGGCCUGGCCUCCCCACUAUUCGCUGCAGUGUGGGUGACAGGUUGGAGGAGGCGCGACGCUGCAACCCCAGCCCUCCCAGCCAGGCAGCACCAUCCCUGCUGGGUUUGCAGCAGCUGGGAUAUUAAUCACUGGGGCAAAGGUCAGGCUGAGCUGCGAGUGUUUGCUCCAUUUCCCCGGCACUGCGGAAGUGCUGGCGGCUGGCUGGCUGUGCUCCUUGGCAGUCAGAUAAAGCAUUUCUGGAGGUGCCUUACGAGAUGGAACUGCACAUCUGACCGCGCACAGGAGAGCAGCUCGGCAGAAAUGGAAACCGUGGUGAUAGUUGCCAUCGGCGUGCUGGCUACUAUCUUCCUGGCGUCCUUCGUGGCGCUUGUGGUGGUUUGCAGGCAGCGCUACUGCCGGCCCAAGGAUCUCCUGAAUCAGUAUGAUACCAAACCGAUCGUCGACCUUAUUGGGGCGAUGGAGACGCAGUCGGAGCCUUCGGAGCUUGAGCUGGACGACGUCGUGAUAACAAACCCCCACAUCGAGGCCAUUCUGGAGAAUGAGGACUGGAUCGAAGAUGCUUCGGGCCUGGUCUCUCACUGCAUCGCUAUUCUCAAGAUUUGUCAUACUUUGACAGAGAAGCUCGUUGCAAUGACAAUGGGCUCUGGGGCCAGAAUGAAAUCUCCCGCGAGCCUGAGUGACAUUAUUGUGGUUGCGAAGCGGAUCAGCCCCAGGGUGGAUGAUGUUGUGAGGUCGAUGUACCCGCCUCUGGAUCCCAAGCUUCUGGAUGCACGGACAACAGCCCUGCUGCUGUCUGUCAGCCACCUCGUCCUGGUGACCAGGAGCGCCUGCCACCUAACCAGUGGCAUGGACUGGAUCGACCAAUCACUGUCUGCCGCGGAGGAGCACAUGACGGUGCUGCGCGAAGCUGCUCUGGCCACCGAGCCCGAGAGAAGCAUCGCGGGGGGCGCGGAAAGCUUCCUGCAGGAGCAGUCUGCCAUCUGACGGAGGCGGCACGGCCUGUCCUGCUGAGGGCUGAUGCUCCACGUUCUCAGGGAGCCCAGGCCGCUGCUCGGUGCGCUGAGGUGGUCCAAUAUUUGCAUGAGCCCUGCAGAGCUAUUAGUAUAUUGACACUGACCUGUUACCAGAGGGUAGCUAAGGCAAUGCGCUUCUGCCGGUCCCCUGCUGCUUUGUAGUUUGGUUGAAGUGCCCUGCGCAUGGAACAGUGGGGCUCUGAUCAAUAAAAUCCCAUGAGAAAUCA